UGUUGUUGAAUGUUGUUGAAUGUUGUUGGAAGUUGUUGAAUGUUGUUGAAUGGUGUUGAAUGUUGUUAAAUGUUGUUGAACGUUGUUGAAUGGAACUCAAUAUUUUUGUACAUAUUUGAUUAAUUAAUAUAGUUGUUUUGAAUGUCUUAAAUGUCUUCCUCAACAUUAGGUUCUUAAAUGUUGUUGCUUAUGAUUACUACAUUUUUUAUAUUCUUAAACGCUGCUGAUUAUUGGUGAAUGUUUUUCAAUUAAUUGAUUGUGUUUCACUGUUUUAAAACAACAUUGUUUCUGUUAUAUUUACAUAUUUGUGUACACAGACUUUUAAUCCACUAUUCAAGUAGGUGUUUUACGAAAGAGUUAUGCCACCACAUCGGUAAAAGACAUGGAAUGUUUUCUUUGAUCUUCCUUUUACUUUAUUUAUUUAAAUUAUGCUUAAACCACUAGUUCGGCAUCGGGCUCAGCAAAAGAUUCGUCUGCAGCGUUGGCUGCCACGCCCCCAAAACAGCACUUCGACCAGGGCCACUUCGAUCAACGACAACUUUGAGUAUGUGUACCUUAACCACUCGUCGUCUCGCUUGGAGGACUUGCAGCCGGAAAACCCCGAGAAUUCCAGACGGGAAUCGCCGUCACUGAACACAUCGGUAGAUGCCUUCGGACCCUACGACAGUACCCAGCGUCAGGGGCGGACCUUUAGUUUGAUCUACGACUGGAUCAGCGGACUCUUCAACUCGUGCGUUUCGCCCUGCACUUUGGAGGCCUUCCAGAGGCAGACCUGCUGUGAGACUUACGUGGUGGAUCCCUCUUAUCCGCCACCUCCCCCGCCACCUCCUCCACCACCCCCCCAAAGUUGCUGUGCCCCAGUCAGACCUCCCUACCCACCACCACCUCCCCCUCCAAGGCCCCUGCCCCCUCCGCCACCUCCACCGCAACCCAUGCCCUACCCCUACCCACCCACCUAUCCAAACAGGAAGACGCCCGUUAUGGUGGUGGCCACGCCCAUCAACUGCUGCACCGUGUGCACAUUCACCUACUACGGACCGCCGCCCUGCGGUCGGUUGUACAACAACGGCACCAGCAGCAGCAGCGGUAAUGGCAGGAGGGUCACCAUCUACGUGCCACCACCCUACUACGGUCGAUAAAACAUAAACCAUAGCCUUAUUAGACCCCAAUUGAACACAUUUUUUGUAUAUGUAUAGGUUUUUUUUUUCGGCAACAAAAAAUACAGCUAAGAAACGACUAUCCAAAAACCCUUAUUCACCUUUUUAAAAAAUCGACUUUUCUUAUCAAAACAUAGGGAAAUCCAAAAGAUGGA